CGCUCAUUCUGACCUGGCUGGUUUCGCAAAUUGACAUUUUCUGAUUGGCUCAACGUGGCCAUCAUCAUUUCAAGACUCAACAUGGAUAGGUCCUGUUGAAGGUCCGGGCUAUCUAAACCCACAACCCGGAAGGGUGAAAUUGGAUGGUUAGGUUCUACGGUCUACCGUUCUGUGCAACGCUGUGUGUGGCUGGCUAUCAAAGUCUCAACCAAGAUCUGGGGAAUGUCGAGACCUUGGAGGAUUGGACGGUCUAGAAAGGCCAGAAGAGCCACCCAUACAGUAUCCAUAUACGUAGUACCCCUCCGGCCUCCGGGCGGUGAAGACUUUUUUCGUGAAAUCUUUCCUGACUUCUACGUAGUAAGUGACUUCGUGGCCUCAACUGACUUGGCGGUGCAUUGCCCGCAGGGGUCCUUGGGAUUGCCAGGGCCACUUCAGCCAGUUGUGUGCGACGCUGCCCUCUUUUAUCAGCGCCCCUGCAUAAAAUUGCCCACAAAAGCGGACCCAGCGGCGUCCGAGAAACACACAAUGCGGUUAGGCCAAGACAGAAACGCUGCUAGAAGCCAAGUAAACCACCCCGUUACCACCCCCCGUAGGCCCCCGUAGCCCCCCCCGAAAAGGGCCAAGGGCCCCCCCAAUUUCUGUUGGUGGUCGCGACCCGCGUCGGAAACAGCUCCAGCUUUAAAUCUGUCCACACCUUUUCCACAGGCGGUGUCUCCAACUACAUCUCCAACCACGUUUCCUCCUUUGUAUCCCGAUACGCGGUUAGAAAACGAAGCUGCGCGUGCGACAAAGAUCGAAACCGCGGAGCUUUCCUUUCUAACAUAAGCACCAUCAGCUUACAUCGUCCAUCAUGGCCGACGAAAAGCGCAAGGACGGCGCACAGCUUGAGGGUGACAUCACCUUCAUCGCGACCCCUGCCGCGAAGCCCUCCACGUUCAGCACUGGCGAGGAUUGCGGUGUCAAGACCACCAACUACCCCACCAUCAACAACCCUCCUCUUCCUGCCGAGGGCCCUGGCAAUGAAUCCUUUUCCAACUGGAUCCUCGGAGCUGUCCUCGCCGGUGUUCCCCUCUGGGUCACCCGCAUCUUCGGCGGCGGUCUCAAGACCUUCAUCUUCUUCUUCAUCCUCUUCGUCGUCCCCCUCCUGAUCGCCUUCUGGACCGUCUCCUCAAGGUUCUCUCCCCGCAUCAACGACAAGGCCAAGCUCCCCGGCCGCCCCGUCGAGCACUACCUCACUUUCAAGAACGAGGAGGACCGCAAGCAGUACAGCGGCCGCAACAAGAUCCCCAUCCAGACUUUCGCUGAGCUCUACACCGAGGGCCUCGUCGACAUCAACGGCGACCUCCUCGACGCCCUCGAGUACCGCCACGACUGGUCCAACUUCGCCUUCACCUACUCCCUGUUCCGCUUCAUCUUCCUCGAGUUCGCUCCCGAUGUCAUCUUCCACUCCCGCCAGCAGGAUGAGGACCAGAUCAAGCCCACCUACGACAAGGGUAACGACCACUACUCCUACUUCCUCGGUCCCCGCAUGGUCUACACCAGCGGUCUCUUCUCCGACCUCAGCCGCGAGGAGACCCUCGAGGAGAUGCAGGACAACAAGAUGGCCGUCGUCUGCGAGAAGCUCGGCCUGAAGGAGGGCGAGACCAUGCUCGAUAUCGGCUGCGGAUGGGGCACCCUCGCCAAGUUCGCCAGUGUCAACUACGGAGCCAAGGUCACCGGUGCCACCAUCGCCAGCAACCAGGCCGCCUGGGGUAACGACGGCCUCCGCCGCGCCGGCAUCCCCGAGAGCCAGAGCCAGAUCCUCUGCAUGGACUACCGCGACAUCCCCACCAAGAAGUUCAACAAGAUCUCCCAGCUCGAGAUGGGCGAGCACGUCGGUAUCCGCAGACUCACCACCUUCUUCCGCCAGUGCUACGACAUGCUCGAGGACGACGGCGCCAUGUACGUCCAGCUCUCCGGUCUCCGCAAGGCCUGGCAGUACGAGGACUUCAUCUGGGGUCUCUACCUCAACAAGCACAUCUUCCCCGGCGCCGACGCCUCCACCCCGCUCGCCAACUACGUCGGCUGCCUCGAGAGCGCCGGCUGGGAGAUCAAGAGCAUCGACACCGUCGGCGUCCACUACUCGGGCACCCUCUGGCGCUGGUACCGCAACUGGCUCGGCAACGCCGAGACCGUCCACGCAAAGUACGGCCAGAAGUGGUACCGCAUCUGGGAGCUCUUCCUCGCUUGGUCCGUCAUCGCCUCCCGCCAGGGCAGCGCCACCUGCUUCCAGAUGGUCGUCGUCAAGAACCUCAACGCCACCCACCGCAUCGACGGCUUCUCUUCCCAGUUUGGCCUGUCUGGCGCCCUCGCCGCCGCCAAGGCUGCUGGCAAGGCUGUCUUCCCCCGGUCGACUUAAUUGCAGAAAUCACGCGACGCACCCUCCGCUGUUUCAUGUGUGAGAGUGUUAAGAGUGUGAGGAAAAUGGCUGUAUGUGUCCAUGAAUGGAAAUGAAUGAUUUUCCUCCCCCUCCCCUUUCUGUCCUCCCGCGGCGACCCGACCAAAGUUUUUCUAUCUUUUCUCUCAUCUGGCUCCUGGGGCCGAGGGAUGGCAAAACAAGAAGAUGGGGCGGGGUGGAGGAGAACGGGCUUUUACGUUGUCAUAUUUUGGAGGUCGGGGCUUUAUUAUAAAAGUUUUUGAUCCCAUACACAGGCUAGAGAGAGAGAGAGAGAGAGAGAGAGAGAGAGA